AUGUCUGCCAACAACAACAACUCUACCCUCAAGUCCUACGUCGACUCCGCCACCGGCGCGGUGCAGAACGCCGCGGGCGGCCUCUUUGGCAGCACCGGCGACGAGGCCCAGGGCAAGGUCAAGCAGCAAAAGGCCGAGGCCGAGCACGACGCCUCGCACGCCGCGGUCAAGGUGCCGGGCGGCACCGUCUCCUCGUCCGGCGUGGCCAGGGACGACCCCGACCGCUCGGCCGGGUCGUGGAACCAGACGGCCGGGUCCGCCAAGGAGUUCCUCGGCGGCGUCGUCGGCAACGAGAGCCUCAAGCAGGCCGGGCGCGAGCAGAACCGGUCCGGGCAGGAGCAGGAAGCGCGCGGGCAGAUCAACGACUUCACGUCGGGCGUGGGCGACCGCGUGUCGGGUGCUGUCGGCGGCGCUGUGGCGGGCCUGACUGGCGACCGCUCCAAGCAGGAUCAGUACCAGGCCCAGCACGACGCCGGCAAGACGCAGCAGCGCGGGGCCGAGCUCGACAUCCAGAAGCAGGCUGAGGCGCGCGACCGGUCGUGA